AUGCCAGUUUGUUCGCUUCACGUCCUAGCUCUUCACACUUCCAUCCCAUCCUUCCUUUCCGUCCUUGCAUCACAGUCUCCUCCUAUCAAGCCGCUUCUCGCCUCCAAACCUCUACGAUGGAUUGUUCGACCGACGAGCACUUCCACCUCCCUUCUCGGUUCCAAUGCGACAACUCAAGACCCGAAUCCCCCAUCAAACCCGUGGGAUCUCGUCAUCGUUCUUCCACUGGACGUGCCGCUCCCCGUAGCAGCGAUUCCCUUCAUUGCCCAACAAUUUAGCGUUACCGUCGGCGUCCCUUCUUCCCGACUAAAGCAACUCGCGGAAGGGAAUGACCAACUCCUACAUCCUCCAGGCGGUGUGCCACAGAGCUCAGGAGAACGGACCCGCGGCGCGAACGCCUCAUCCAGCCAGAGCCUAGAAUUAAGCAACCCGCUUCAGCAAUGGAUUGCGAAAGAGGGCAACGGCGACACUCGCGGCGGCGCAGUUAGCAUGCUGAACCUCCUAUCGUUCAACAAGGGAAAGAAGACCAGCUAUCAACAAUAUGGGGCGGCGUUCGCAUCGAAGGUCGGAAACCGUCAUGGUGGCAAUGCGAAGAUCGUCGGUACCGUGAUCAGCAUCAAUGGUUCCAAUGAGAAGAACCGAAGCGACACGGAGGGAGGCAUGGAGUGGGAUGAAAUCGCCAUUGCGCAUUACCCUUCGCUUACCCACUUUGCGGACAUGAUCAGCAGCAAAGACUAUCAAGAAGUGAAUCAGAAGCAUAGACUAGGUGCGCUACGUGACACCUUUAUUCUGUGCACCAGUGAGUUGAGGGUCGAAGAGGAGUUGAAGAAGGCUGGGGCCGCCCGCCUGUAG